AUGCCUACUGAGGAUAGCCGAGAUGCCCAGCGCGGUACCUCCCAGGAGGGUACCUCCCAGAGGGGACUGUCGGUGGAGGUCAAUCUCCAGGCUGAGGUGGAGCUCCUCCGCGCCAGUGUCGUCAAGAUGUCCGAGAGGUGUGACCAUCUUCACUCCAAGAAUGUUGAGCUGGAGCACGACUACCGCAUCCUGAAGCGAAACUGGGAAAGGAACCAAGCCCAGGGCUCUCAACGCAGCCUUACCCAGGAACCUGAGCGCACGCAGCCAAACCAGCCGGAGCAUUCCCACCAUAGCCCUCCAAUCCAGCCUAGGCCCAGCAAGGGUAAAGACCCCCUUCAUCAGGAGACGACCAAGUCACGGCUUCUCCGUAUCUCCCCGCCGAGGAACCGGCCUCAUGAACCAACGAAGGUCUACAGGGAUUGCAGGGACCGUAUCCUGGACCGUCAGACGGGACCCCUUCUUAUCCUCGUUAAUCUCCAAAACCCAAAGGUGACACACCUAGGCCCCCCACCAAAACCAACCCAUGUGCCUGCGGGAGAAGGUAUGGGGGACUCGGAUGACUGGGCAUGA